CGGCGUCCUAUAUAAGCGGCGCGCAGGAAGCGGCCGCGCUUUGGCGGUGAGACUUGGACUCGUUGCGCGUCCUGUGUUACCUGGGCCUCGGCAGAGCCAUGCGUGAGUGCAUCUCAGUCCACGUGGGUCAAGCUGGUGUGCAGAUUGGCAAUGCAUGCUGGGAACUCUACUGCCUGGAACAUGGGAUUCAGCCCAAUGGCACCAUGCCAAGUGAUAAAACCAUUGGAGGUGGUGAUGACUCAUUUAACACCUUCUUCAGUGAGACUGGUGCAGGAAAGCAUGUCCCCCGUGCAGUGUUUGUGGAUCUUGAACCUGCAGUGAUAGAUGAAGUGCGGGGUGGGACAUACAAACAACUUUUCCACCCUGAGCAGCUGAUAUCUGGUAAAGAGGAUGCUGCAAAUAAUUAUGCUCGUGGUCAUUAUACUGUAGGGAAAGAGAUAAUUGACCUGGUCCUAGAGCGCAUCAGGAAGUUGUCUGACCAAUGCACUGGCUUGCAAGGCUUCCUGAUCUUCCACAGCUUUGGAGGAGGCACUGGCUCAGGUUUUACAUCUUUGCUGAUGGAGCGCCUGUCAGUUGACUAUGGAAAAAAAUCAAAGUUAGAAUUUGCAAUCUACCCUGCACCACAGGUCUCAACAGCUGUUGUUGAGCCCUACAACUCUAUCCUGACUACCCACACCACUCUAGAGCAUUCCGACUGUGCCUUUAUGGUUGAUAAUGAGGCCAUCUAUGACAUUUGCCGUAGGAACCUGGACAUUGAACGCCCUACCUACACCAACCUCAAUCGCCUCAUUGGCCAGAUUGUCUCUUCCAUUACUGCCUCCCUGAGAUUUGAUGGUGCCUUAAAUGUAGACCUCACUGAAUUCCAGACCAACUUGGUGCCUUACCCACGUAUCCACUUCCCCUUAGUAACCUAUUCCCCAAUUAUUUCAGCAGAGAAAGCCUACCAUGAGCAACUGUCUGUGUCUGAGAUAACUAAUGCUUGCUUUGAGCCUUCCAAUCAGAUGGUAAAGUGUGAUCCUCGCCAUGGCAAGUACAUGGCCUGUUGUAUGUUGUACCGUGGUGAUGUUGUUCCUAAGGAUGUCAAUGCUGCCAUUGCUGCUAUCAAAACAAAGCGCACAAUUCAGUUUGUCGACUGGUGUCCCACUGGUUUUAAGGUUGGUAUCAAUUACCAGCCUCCAACAGUGGUACCUGGUGGAGAUCUUGCCAAAGUCCAGCGUGCUGUCUGCAUGCUUAGCAACACCACAGCCAUUGCUGAAGCAUGGGCCCGUCUGGACCACAAGUUUGACUUGAUGUAUGCCAAACGUGCUUUUGUCCACUGGUAUGUGGGAGAAGGAAUGGAGGAAGGUGAAUUCUCAGAGGCUCGGGAAGACCUGGCUGCACUUGAGAAGGAUUAUGAAGAAGUGGGCACAGACUCAGUGGAAGGAGAGGAUGAAGGUGAGGAAUAUUAAAUUCCACAGAAGUGAAUGGCAAGUCUUUGCCACUCUACAGCCUCUUUAGCAAUAAUGAAAAUGUGGAAAUUUCUUUUCUGAAUCAUGCCAAGCUGUUUGGAAUAAACUUUUUUUUAAAAUUGGAA